AUGCUCGCUUUUUCGCUCCUGUUACUUUGCUGCGGCCUCCUGGUCUCGGCACAAGAGAAACAUGCCGGUAUCUCCGUCGUGCAGCAUCACAAGAGGGAGACGGGAACCUGCGAGCAGACCUAUGGCGAAGGCUCGCAGUCGUGCGGCGGCAGCGGAAGCACCUUUUGCUUCAACCCUAAAAUCGGCCAGUCGUGCUGCUCAACAGACAACGGAUUUUGCGACUCGGGAAAGUACUGCGCGCCUGUCGCAGGUUAUUGCUGUCUUGAAGGAGAGGAUUUAGAGACGUGCGCGCGUAAUGCCGGUUUUAUACUUCCUGGUUCCGCUUCGAAUAUGUCCGCGGGUCCCUAUGCGGUGACCAAUGCAACAACUGUUGCCGGUCCUACGUUAACAAUCCUUCCCUUCCUCAAAGAAUCGCCAGCACCGACACCAACGAUAGUAGAUUUUCGAAACAACUCAUGUUCAUUCGCUACCCAUGCCAACUUGAACACGCCUGUACCUGUACCAACCCUUACAUCGCACACGAACGCAACGGCCUCACCACCCGUGCAGGUCUCUUCGGCCGUGAAACGAGCCGAAACUUCGACGGGAUUAGUGGCACUACUUAGUUUGAUGACCAUUUUUGUUGUUGUUCUUUUGGAUCUGGUUACCGGUCUUAGGUAG